UACUGAAAAUAAUAUAAAAUGGCACUUUCUAAAAGCUACCGGGUUUUUGAAAAACCUGGACCGCCUACCCAUAGUGUUUUAUUGGAACAUCGACAUAAAAAUGAUACAUUAUUAUUUGAAUCGCUUGUUGUUGCAGUCCUAUCUCCCCAGGAAGUUGAAGUUAUUAAAAAGCAAUAUACGAAAGUUUGUGACGCUUAUGGAUGCCUAGGAGUUUUGCAAUUUACCAUAGGCGAAAACACUGUUUUGUUUCUUGUUCUAGUCUCUGGAUGUUUCUCUGUUGGAAAAAUAGGGGAUUCUGAAAUAUUUCGUAUUACGCAGACUACAUUUAUUUCUCUACAACAUCAAACACCUAAUGAUGAGAGGAUAUCUGAAGUUCGCAAAUUACUUAAUUCUGGAACUUUUUAUUUCUCAUGGACAAGCGGAGAUGCCCAGCCUAUGGAUAUCACAUUGUGUGCUCAAAGGUGGCACAGGACGAAAUACACAGACAAUAGAUUUUUCUGGAAUCGCAUGUUGCAUGUUCAUAUGAGAAGAUUUGGCAUUGACACGGAUUCUUGGUUAUUGAAAGCAAUGUGUGGGUCUGUUGAAAUUAGAACUGUCUACAUUUCACAUAUUCAAGCAAAAGCUGCUUUGAUAUCGAGGCUUAGCUGUGAACGUGCUGGCACCAGAUUUAAUGUCAGAGGAACAAAUGAUGAUGGACAUGUGGCUAAUUUUGUAGAAACUGAGCAAGUGAUAUUCCUUGAUAAGCAAAUUACUUCUUACAUACAAACAAGAGGCUCAGUACCAUUGUUCUGGGAGCAACCUGGUGUUCAGGUGGGUUCUCACAAAGUGAGACUGUCGCGAGGAUUUGCAUGUUCUGCAAUUGCUUUUGACCGGCACAUGUCACUGAUGAAAAAGAGAUAUGGAAAACAAGCAAUAGUAAAUUUACUAGGAACAAGUUUAAUUGGAAGUAAGGAAGGGGAGGCAAUGUUGAGUAAUGAAUUUCAGAAACAUCAUUCUGAGUCCAAAUUUCAACCAACCGUUCCACAUAUUGUAUUUGAUUAUCAUCAAGAGUGCAGAGGAGGCAAUAUUGGUGCUUUGUCUAAACUAGGUGCAAGAAUUGCACAAUUUUCUAAAGACAUAUCAAUUUAUUAUGUAAAUGAUAACAACAUCCAAAGCACGCAGAAGGGUACAAUCAGAACAAAUUGUUUGGAUUGUCUAGAUAGAACAAACUGUGUGCAGACAUAUAUUGGAUUAGAAAUACUUCAAGAGCAAUUGAAAAUGCUUCAAAUACCAGAUAGAAAACAAACUGCAUCACGAUUUGAUGAAAUUUAUAAGCAGAUGUGGAUCAUUAAUGGAAAUGAAGUUAGUAAAAUAUAUGCAGGAACGGGAGCGAUACAAGGAGGGUCCAAGCUUAUGGAUGGUGCACGAUCUGCAGCUAGAACAAUACAAAAUAAUUUACUGGACAAUUAUAAACAAGAAGCCAUAGACAUUUUUCUAUUUGGAUCUACUCUUAAUUCAGAAUUAUUAGAUCGGGCUCGAAACUUACUGCCAUUUUAUAUGCUUCAUGCUCCAACACCAGUUCUAAGAGAAAUUUGUAAAAGAUCCUCAGAGUUUUUAGAACCCCAAACAUUUAGAGUAGCAGUAGGCACUUAUAAUGUAAAUGGUGGCAAACAUUUUAGAAGUCUUGCUUACAAAGAUGUUUCAUUAUCUGAUUGGUUGUUAGACUCGCAUAAUUCAGUUCAUAAAAAUUCUCUGGUAAAUCUAAGUCAUCCAGAAGAAUCUGAGGUGCCUAUAGAUAUAUUUGCUGUUGGCUUUGAAGAAAUGGUUGAUUUGAAUGCAAGCAAUAUUAUAGCAGCCAGUUCCGAUAAUGCAAAGGCUUGGGCAGAAGAGUUAACAAAAGUAUUAUCAAAAGAACAUCCUUACUCUUUAUUGACAUAUCAGCAGUUAGUUGGAGUGUGUUUGUAUGUAUUUAUUCGACCAGAACAUGCCCCAUAUGUUAAAGAUGUUGCAGUUGAUUGCGUUAAAACUGGUCUGGGAGGAGCAACAGGCAAUAAAGGAGCAGCUGCGAUUCGAUUGGUAUUACAUGGAACAACUGUGUGUUUUGUUUGUGCACAUUUUGCUGCAGGUCAAUCACAGGUUUCAGAAAGAAAUGCUGACUAUGCUGAAAUUACCAGAAAAAUCACAUUUCCUAUGGGUCGAACAUUAAAUUCUCAUGAAUAUGUUUUCUGGUGUGGUGAUUUCAACUAUAGAAUCGAUAUGGACAAAGAAGAGUUAAAAGAAUGCAUAUCACAGGGUCAACUCGAUGUUAUUUUAGAAAAUGAUCAGUUAAAGAAACAACAAGAAGCUGGUAAUGUAUUUAAGAACUUUCUAGAAGGUCCUAUCACAUUUCCACCUACUUACAAAUAUGAUUUAUUCAGCGAUGAUUAUGAUACUAGUGAGAAAUGUCGAGCACCUGCUUAUACUGAUCGUGUGUUAUGGAAAAGAAGGAGACAGAUAACUGAUUCAGUUGAAGGUGAUAAUAACUGGAGCCCAGGAAAAUUAAUUCAUUAUGGUCGAGCUGAAUUGAAGCAAAGUGAUCAUAGACCAGUGAUAGCGCUUAUAGAUGUUGAGGUAUCUAAAAUCAAUGACCGUCAAAGAAAAGAUGUAUUUCGCAAAGUUUUGCUUGAUUUGGGUCCUCCUGAUGGAACAAUCUGUUUGAAGUUUUUGCAAGAUGAAAAUGAUGAUUCUGCAUCUGUUUUUGAUCAGAAUUUGAUUGAGGCUUUGAUUCAAGAAAUUUCAAAAAUUGGAGAAAUAAUAUUAGUGAGAUAUUGUGGUGAUACAUUAUGGAUGACUUUUAGAAAUGGUCAAGUUGCUUUGGCAGCUGCUAGUUUAAGGACAUUAACAGUUUUGGAUGUUACUCUCAGUAUAUCUUUACGAUCUCCUGACUGGGUAAAUAAAACUGAAAAGGAGAUAGAACUUUGUGCAGAUAAUACAGUUUGUAUUUGUGAUGAAACUCCUGAAUACAAUCAAUUAGGAAUUCCUGAAACAACCGCUAAACCUCAACGACCACAACCUCCAAGCAGACCACCUUUGCCAAAAUCUCCUGUAUUUACUAAGAAAGUUCCGCAGGCCGGAGUAUUUAGCAUAACACCUAGUACUGUGCCCCAAGCACGCCAAAGACCACCACCGCCAUCAAACUUAAAUUCAAACAUGCAGAAUGAUGUAGAUACCAAUGCUAUUUAUGAGGAGAUAAAUGAAGAAGAGGUGAGUUAUCCUGUCCCGCAAGGUCCGCCACCGCCGCCACCUCCAAGCAGGACAGAUGCUUACGAAGUGCCAAUCGAUUCUCCGCCAUCUCGAAGUCCUCCUCAAAGCGCUCCGCCCCUUUGCCUCAAAGGCAUGCUCCGCCAAUUCCGCAAGGCAGUCCAGCUCAUCGACAAGUUUCGGCCGGGGUUCCGCCACCAGUUCCUGCUCGGUCCGCCGGGCCACCACCGCUACCCGCCAGACCGGUAA